AUGCGCGGUUUGAGACCUCGUGAGAGCGUUACCCGGGCGCGGUUGUUCCGGCGAGGCAGGCGUGCGGCCGCGACGGCGCCUCCACGCUACUGCGGCACGCGUCAACCCGCGCUUGCCCCGCGCCACGACGCAUCCCCCACCAUUCUUCACCCCCUGCCGCACAGUCGCCCGCACGCACGCCGCAUUCUUGCUACCCUUAGCGCGGAACCCUCUCAAAGACGAGAUACGGCCAACAUCCCGAAGCAUGAGACCUAA